CAGAAGCGUCCUAGAGAUAUCAAGGGUACAGCGCCAACUACAGUGCUUAAUGCUGACGUAUGAUCGGCUCACACGGAAUUUUGUAAAAAUCGUGGUAAUUGAGCGGCUAUAGCAAAUAAAACUGCAAGACUAUCAUUUGUGGACGAAUCAGUCAGUACAACGGAUCGUAACAGUCAUGGUAAAUGCGAAUGUCGAUAACUUGGUUAAAAUUUGUCUACCUAUGUUCAUUGGAAUAGCCUUACGCUCAUCUACCAGUUUACACUCAUAUUCCGGCGAAAAUAAACCACCCAUGUAUGGUGACUAUGAAGCUCAACGUCAUUGGAUGGAAAUCACCGUUAAUUUACCAUUCGCAGAAUGGUAUAUCAACUCAACACAUAAUGAUUUGAAUUAUUGGGGGUUAGAUUAUCCACCUGUUACGGCAUAUCAUAGUUGGCUGAUGGGUAAACUAGCUAAUAAAAUUGACCGUGAUUGGGUUCAGUUGUAUACAUCGAGAGGUUUCGAAUCUAAAGAGCACAAAUUGUUUAUGCGUUAUACUGUACUGGUAGCUGACUUAUUGUUUUUUAUACCUUCCGUAUUACUGUAUUUUUAUUAUGUUCUACCUAGCAUUAUGAAUAAUAAGUCACAAAUUAGUGGAUUUUAUUCAGCAUGCCUAACAUUAACUUAUCCUGGUCUUAUAUUGAUUGACCAUGGACACUUCCAAUAUAAUUGUAUCAGUCUUGGUUUGUAUUUGAGCGGAAUUAAUUUCCUCCUCCUAGAGUGGGAUAUGCUCGGUUCUAUAUUAUUUUGUUUAGCCAUAGGUUAUAAACAAAUGGAACUGUAUCAUGCGUUGCCAAUUUUUUUCUUUUUAUUAAGCAACUGUAUUUACAAAAAAUCCGUGCGCAGUGGACUAACACAUCUAGCUAGACUGAGCUGUGUCGUUUUCUUGACAGUAUUUUUGAUAUUUGCACCGUUCUUACUAACAACCGAUUUGAAUCUUUCAUUUCAAGUCGUCCGACGUUUAUUUCCGUUUAAUCGCGGUAUUUACGAAGACAAAGUAUCUAAUUUUUGGUGUGCUACAUCACCGCUAGUAAAAUGGCGUUCACCACUUCCUACGUCAUCCUUAACAUUAUCGUCUACUAAACUGGUGUGGGUUAGUGUCCUGCUCGUACUGACUACAUGCCUUCCAUUUUGUAUAGUUUUAUUAAAGAAGUCUAAAAACCGAAAAUUCCUGAUUUCUCUAGCACUAUGUGCGUUAAAUUUCUACCUAUUCUCCUUCCAAGUUCAUGAAAAAUCAAUUUUGUUAGUGUCUAUCCCUGCUUUGUGUUUGCUACCUUUUUAUCCCAUAUCGUCAUUUUUGUUCUCUUUAUGCUCUACUCUUAGUAUGUGGCCAUUAUUUAAAAAGGACGGUUUACAAUUGGCUAGUUUGUGUUUAACAUGUAUACAUACCAUUCUAGGCUGUUUUAUAAUACUUAAAAGUAACAAUAGUGAUAAACAUGUUGCUGAAAAAAAGAAAUUACGAAAUAGUGCUACGAGUAAUAAUAUCAUCUCUAUAUUUAUCAUUCUUUUUAUUCUUAUUGGCUAUAGUAUCCUGAUUAUCGGUGACUUACUGAUUACACCUCCUGUAGCAUAUCCCGAUUUAUUUCCUUUGUUACUUUCUAUGUACUCCUUCACGCUGUUUUUCUUAUUCAUGCUCUAUUGGCAGUUAGAAGUUAUUUUUAUGUAAAACUUUGUGUUUAGUUAUGUUUCUAAGAAGAAUAUAUGUUCAUGAAGUUCGCGUUCUAUACUUCAA